AGUGGCAGAGGGCUGCCGUAGGUGGUGGGCAUUAGCAGUAACAGCUGCUGCGCUUCCCAUUAGAGGAGCAGGGGAAGAAGGUCCCUGAAAGGAUGGGUCUCCGGCAGGCUGCGAGGGCAGCGGCGGCAGCGAGCCGGCAGCGUUCGCGUCCCGAGGAUGGAGGAGAGCAGCAGAGCCCACGUCGUCCUAGCUGGCUGGGCAUGCACAACGCUGUGCUUGUUCUCCUGUGCGGCUGCCUACUCACACGGUGCCAGCCUUUCUGCCUGCAGUGACAUGAUGCCCAGGCACCUGAGAGUGCAGCUGCACAGCCUCAGCAACAACUACCUUACUGUCCACACCAACAUGUCCUCCUACUUCCCAGGUGACAAGGUGCCAGUGACAGUGAGGAGCACAAUGGACUUUAUGGGCUUUUUGCUUCAAGCUCGCAAAGUGUCUAACGAUGAAACUGCUGGCACAUUCAUCAUCAUCCCUCCUGGCUCCAAGCUGCUGACUUGUUUUGAAGAUGGUGACAGUGUCACCCACUCAGACAAGUCACUGAAGAGAAAUCUGUCCUUCGUAUGGAAAGCACCAGCCCAGCCCAUUGGAGACAUCAAGUUUUUCAUCUCUGUAGUGCAGUCAUACUUUGUUUACUGGACGAAGAUUGAAUCUGCUCUUGUGGCUCAGCGAGGACAAAACACAACACUUGCUGGCAGUGACAAGAAGCUUCAUCCUGUAACCCCUGCACCCUCACAAGAACCACACCCCACAGGUCCCACGUCGCCUGUGGCUGCCACCAGCACCCCCGAAGCACCUGCCAGCCCCAUGGGCACCGCGGCGAGGCCAGCAGUGGAGGCAGGUUUGGGUGCUGGGUCCGACGCCCAGCCCGUAGCCCAGCCCAAGCAGCUGACCCGACCUUCGCGGGCUGCCUCCGGCGGCAGCGGCGACUCCAGCAGCCAGGAGCUGGAGCUGUAUAUCUCCACUCAAGAAGCCAGCAUCGCGGAUGCCUUGCAAGGUGUCCUCUCCCAGGACAACACCUCCAGCUACAGCAUCUCUGAGAGAGCAGGAAGCACUGCCAGUGCUGCCACCCCAGGCUUGUGUCUGAUGUGUAAAGACAAGAGGCAGGCCAGCACUGAGAUCAAGAACGGCCUGAAAGCCUCUCCAUUUGCAACAGUGUCUCCUGCCCCACAUGCACUCACUGACCCGGGGAAUACUGCUGUGACAUCAGCCUGGUUUGGCAACCCCAACGCUGCCGGCAAUUUGUCAUCAGCCUCAAGGCAAAUGGCAGAGAGAAAGCUGUCACCACAGCCAGAAGAGACUGGUGCCAGGGGAGAGCAGGAAGAAGAGGAGAAGGUGGGUGGGAAUAGCCUGCCGUGGGUGACCAGACCUGCUCCUGAAUCUGCCGUUCCCGGGAAGGGAGAAAACCCUGGCAGAGGGACCCGACUCCUCGCUGCCCAGCUGGGCAUCCUCCUGGUGUGCACGGCCGCCCUGGGGCUGGCGCUGGCAGCCGCCGUGCGCUGUGCCUGCGCCCAGCACUGCCACAAGCGGACAGAGGUCUCCUUCAGCCAGCCCGACCCCGAGGUCAUCGCCGUCGGAGACCACGGGGAGGUGAUGCACUUCCGAAAGAUCCGGGAGAACAGCUUCGUGCUGGUGCAAGCCCAGUACAACUGGGUCAGCCCCUCGAGCAGUGGGAAGAAGACGAUUAUCUGAACACCUGCGAGGCCCAGACGGGGCUGCAGCGGCUGGGGUGGGUGGAAAUAGCCUGGACCUCACCGUGCAGGUUGUUGGAAGCAGUGGUCUGGUCCCUCUCUGGACUGCCAGAUAGGUAAACGCUCAAAGCAGCCAGUUCAGAGAGAGGUGUUAGUCUAAGCUACCUAAGCUGCAGCUGCUAAUAGAAGCUGAUAGAUUGUUCAGUGUGUUACCAAACUUCACAUUGUGUACCUGCGCCUCGGCUGUCGCCACAGCCAUGAUAUGCAUUGCCUCUGCUGCCUUAGGGUGUAGCCAAAAAUAGCAAUUCUUCCCUCAUAUUGUAUUGUUGUUUAAUCUCAGCCUUCUAUUUCCUUCUAGGAACAAGAAACCCCUGAUAUAACCCCCUCCAUUCUCCUUUAGGAGCUUGCAGGUUUGAUUUUUGUGCACUUGGUGUCUCUCAGAUGACAAAAUAGAUGUGAAGCUUCAAUUUGCAAAUAAAAAGCAAUAGCUCAUUAA